CCUAUUUGUAUAUGUAUUUCAUCACUAGCUUUAUUGUGAUGUUUUUUUUCUUAUGUCGGUGUGAAACAUGGCUUUUUAUAGAGACUUUGUGAUUCUAUAGGGGAGUCAAGUUUAUGAUUGAAGAGAAAAUGUCUUCAAUGGACUUGAGGCAAGCCUUUGUUGGCCUUCUCACCCUCUCAAUGUUCAUGAUGCUUGGUAAUAUGAUCAAGAAGGAUCAUUUUGAUUAUUCAAUUAAUGAUGUUGAAAUUCAAGCUACACAAGUUUCUCAACGUGAAUCUGUAACAGUGACUCAACCAAGCAUGGCCACAGUUUCACAUCUAAGCAAAAAGCCUUUGAAACAAAAUGAUAAAGGACUGAAAUCAUGCUGGAAUCCUCCUUCUGCACUCAAGGAAGUAGAGCAAUCUGAAGGUUUUAUCCUAUUUUCCUUAACAAAUGGCCCUGAGUAUCAUAUCUUACAGAUUGCAGAUGCAGUGGUUGUUGCCAGACACCUAGGAGCCACUCUUGUUCUUCCUGAUAUCAAAAACAGCAAAUCAGGAUAUAGCAUAAACCUUGGAGAUGUUUAUGAUGUUGGAAAUAUUUUAAAUAAGCUAAAAGGGUUAGUGAAAGUAACAAAAACACUCCCUCCUAAAGUGUCUACUAGGAACACACCAAUUGUAAGAGUACCAAACAAGGUUUCACAAGACUACAUUGUCAACAAAAUCACACCAAACUACAAAACAAAAAGGAUUAUUAAGAUUGAAUCACACUUUCCCUCAAGAAAUAACAACAACUUUGAUUUACUUGCAUGCCAAGCAAUGUUUGGAACACUUGAGUUGAAGUCAGAGAUACAAGAAGUAGCUGAGUCAAUAGUCCAAAAUCUACAAACAAGGAGCCAGGAAUCAAAUGGACAAUUUGUUGCAGUGGAUUUGAAAAACGAGUGUAACGGAAAAUACGAAAGUGGUAGAAAACAAUGUUACAAAGGACAUGAGAUUGGUGAGUUUCUGAACAAAAUAGGAUUUGGUCAAGAAACCGUUGUUUACGUCACUCAGAUUAAAUGGAGUACUGAUCUUAACUCACUCAGAUACAUGUUCCCGAAAACAUAUACCAAGGAAAACAUAAUGUUAGCAACUGAGAAAGAAAAGUUUCUAAGCUCAGAAAGUAUUGAAGUUGAGAAGGUUAUUGAUUUCUACGUAUGUUCUGAAAGUGACAUCUUUGUGCCUUCAAUGCCUGGAGGACUAUUCUAUGAAAGUGUUGCUGGGAUGAGAAUUGUGUCGGGGAAAAGUCAAAUAAUUGUUCCAAGUGAAAUAGUGAGUUCAUCAGCUUCAGUUUCUGAAUACAUGUCUCGAUAUGUGACCAAGAAGAACCAUUUUGCUUAUAAAUGCUAUUGCUGA